AUGAGCUCAAACACUUCUCCCAAUGGCACCAAUGGCACCUAUCUGGUGCCCCUGAUUAUCGGAGGCAAGGACGUUGUUGGAUCGAAGCCUUUCCCCGUCAUCAAUCCAGCGACGGGUGAAGAGGUUUGGGAAGCUGGAGGCGCUUCUCUUGAACAAGCUGUGCAGGCCGCAGAGGCGGCCGAGGCUGCACGCCCCGCAUGGUCCAAGACAAAAGCAUCAUAUCGCCGAGACCUGUUCCUCAAAGCCGCUGAUCUCUUCCAAGAGAGAUACAAUGAGCUUGUGGGAUAUCAGCAGCUAGAAACCGGCGCUGACCCCAACUUUGUGAACUGGAUUCUGCCUCUUACCAUUGAGAAUCUGAGAGAAGUUGCCGGAAAGUGCUCAAUGAUCAAUGGCACUUAUUCGCAGUCCACGGGCGAAAGCCGAGGCGCUCUUAUCUUGAAGGAGCCUUAUGGCGUGGUGCUUGGAAUUGCACCAUGGAACGCACCAUGGCCCUUAGGGUGCCGUGCUGUCGCAUACGCCUUGGCAGCUGGAAACACCUGUAUUCUCAAGGGAUCGGAGCUUUCUCCAAGAUGCUUCUAUGCCAUCGCUUCGAUCUUCAGGGAAGCUGGAUUCCCCGAUGGCGUCUUGAACGUGGUGUAUCACCGACCGCAAGAUGCCGCGUCGGUUACAGAAAAGCUUAUCGCGCACCCUGCCGUCAAAAAAAUCAACUUCACUGGCAGCACGGCGGUCGGCUCGAUCAUUUCUGCGAUGGCUGGAAAGCAUCUGAAGCCCAUCAUUACCGAACUUGGUGGCAAGGCCAGUUCCAUCGUUCUUAAGGAUGCAGACCUUGAGAAAGCUGCCGCGGGAUGCGCGAUGGGUGCCUUUUUGCACGCCGGCCAGGUAUGCAUGUCGACCGAGCGUCUCAUUGUGCAUGCCUCGAUUGUGGACGCUUUCACCGAGGCCUUGAAGAAAGCUACGGAUCAACGAUGGCCCUCCAGCAAACAAAGUCCAGUCUUCGUGACUGCUGCUGGAGCAAGCAAGACCAAGAGAUUGGUCAAGAGUGCAAUUGCCGAUGGCGCCACAGUCGUGCUGGGUGAUGCAGACGAAUCCGUGAAAAUGGAUCUUAAGUCUACUCGCAUGCGACCGAUUAUUUUGAAGAACGUUGGAAAGAGCUCAGAGCUGCACCUGAAGGAAAGCUUUGGGCCGGCUGUGGUCUUGUAUACAUUUGAGACGGAGGAGGAGGCUUUGGCCAUCGCAAAUGAUACUGAAUAUGGCUUGGCUGGUGCUGUGUUCACGGAGGAUAUGGCGGCUGGUCUGAGGAUUGCAAAGGGCUAUGAAACUGGUGCUGUUCAUAUUAACCACAUGACAAUCCAUGAUGAGUCAAAUCUGCCUCAUGGAGGCACAAAAGCCAGUGGAUGGGGCAGGUUUUCUGGCAUGGCUGGUGUGGAGGAGUACCUGAGAACUAAAGUUGUCACUUUCGACGACUGA